GGAAGGAAAUUCUUGCUACGAGAACUGAGGAAACACACAGAAACAUGUUCGGAAGCUGACACAGAAAAUGAUGUGCAAACAACAGACAUUUUGAAUAUUAACAUUCUUCCACAAACCAUGCAGACUAACAUAGCAAGCUCUCAGGAAAUGCAUGUUGAGGAAGUUGUUAUUUUUCAAGACCAGGAAUUGUUGUUAGAAAACACUGUAGAAAGUAACCACAUCAGCGAUCUAGCUGUGACUGAAGUUUUGCCUGUAUCUGUGCAAAAUGUUGAAACAGUUUCAGAUGUGACCAGCAGAAUUAUUGAGUUUUGUAAGGUACAAAAUAUCGCAGAUCCGGUAGAAAUUUUACGCAAAGUACAGAAAGAAAUGGUCACAGGACGGCCUUUGGAAGUGAUUGAUGUAACACAGAAUUCUGAGGGUGAUACAAACUUUAUUUUAAUUGACAGAACACAUCUGUUGGAGACUGGUUUUGAUGAAAUCAAAGCAAUCAGUGAUGUCCGAAAAACUCUAGAAGUACAAUUUUAUGAUGAGACGGCUGUAGACUAUGGUGGACCCCGGAAAGAGUUCUUUCGUUUAAUGUUAAAGUCAAUUAAAGAAAAAUAUUUUGAUAAGGGACUCCGAGAAUUAAUCUGUGAAGAUUACGAAGUUAUCGGAAAGACCUUUGCUUUAAGUAUUCUACAAAAUGGCCAAAUUCCAACUUUCCUAGAGCCAGAGAUAAUCCAGAAGAUAUUUUCUGAUUCCAUGGACCAUCCAUGCAUCACAAGUUUGAGAAAAGGACUUGAGACAUUGGGAUUGUAUACAAUUGGUAUGCAGCUUCCAAGUUUUCUUUACCUUUUCCAAAGACAUUCUACACCAUUGACAUUCAGGAUGCUUACAACACUUUUGAAACCUCAGUUUUCAUUAGAGGGCAGCAACAACAUUGAAGUGGAGAAGAAAGUUUAUGCUGCAUUUGUCCGUUAUUUACGAGAAGUUGCAAGUGGUCGAAGAGAACACUUAUCCAUAGGGAACAUUUUACAAUUUGUAACUGGAGCUGAAGAAGAGCCAGUCUUAGGGUUUCAAAUACCACCUACUAUUCAGUUUCCAGAAGUAAUUAAUUCAUUUAUUCCAACAGCAAACACAUGUAUCAACUCUCUCCAACUACCACGACCAAAGCCAAGCAUUGAUACAAAUCUUCCAGAAGAUAAAGAGCUGUUUGCUUUGUAUGAUUACGCAUUCUUAAAUUCUUAUUAUGGUUUGCGGUAAUUUUUUACCAAUUUUUAUUGCAAGCCAUUCAUUAAUUAUUACCUUGCAAAAACAGUUUUUGUCUGGUUCAUGGGCCUCUUGUUUUAAAUUUGUCUCCAAAUUUGUAGAAAUAUCAUCUACUAUAUGGUCAGUAAGUCAAAAAAUAAAAAGUUCAGACAGUCUGAAGGGUUUCUUUAAACAAAUGUAUAUAUGUGAUUGAUUACAGUUUGAUUACAAUUUUCAACCAGAGACAUUUUGUCAAGGUUCAAGAAUUGAUAAUAAUAUACAAUGUACUGAAGUAAAACCAAUCCAUUUUUAGUAAUGUUGAGAUUGUUGUAAAAUUUUUCCAAAUUUGUUUUUUUUUUCCAUUUUCAGUUUUAACAAUGGGUAUAUGCUUUAUGUUCAGAGGUACUUUACAAUACAUGCAUGUAUUACCGAUGCUAAACCAAAAUUUGAGUGUCAAGUGAAAAGCUCAGCUUUCAUUGUUAGGCUAUGUUAACAAGGCUUUUAAGUAAAAAAAAAUCAUAUUUUAAAAGGUAUGACCACUAAAUUGAAAAAUACGUUAAAAUUUUAUUAUUAUUAUUAAUUAUGAUAUAAAUUAAAUUCCCUUUGGGUGUCUCAUUUUUACAUGAAUUAUGCUACAUUUAGCUAGGUAGCCUCGUUUUCAGUUUAAGAUCAAUAGCCAUUGACAUGGUAUUCUUCAUGGUAUAGCAUGUUCGAAAUGGUAUUGCAUGUUUGACAUGGUAUUCUUCAUAGCCUCAUAUACCCCUAUUAUGCUGAUGUUACAUGUAUGACAUAAACCAUAAUUUUGUAACAUGUAAUGUUGAUUUUAGACAUAUAUAUGUACUUUUGAGUCACAGACCAUGUAGUUUUGCAGACUUAAACAAUUUAUCAUAUUUUUUUUUAUUACAUGGUAUCUGAAUUUCUUCUGUUUUCAUGUCAUAUCAAAACUUUAUGAGGUUUUGCAUGUAAUUAAGUUAUUGUAUGAAAUCUUUUUAUUCUGAUGCUAAAAGAUUUA